AUGAAAGAUGAUGGACCGAAUACUCCAGCGAUAGUAUCUCUGCUAGCCGGCGGCAUAGCAGGAGCAGUCGAAGGUGCCGCAACAUACCCAUUCGAAUUCGCAAAAACACGCGUCCAACUCCGCGAACAAAAAGGCCAACCGACACCCAGAAACCCGUUCAAAGUCGUCUACAACGUCUACGCAAAAGAAGGCAUCCGCGCCUUAUACAAAGGCUGUCUCCCGCUGGUAAUCGGCAGCGUAGGAAAAGAUGGAAUCCGCUUCCUCUCCUUCGACACAAUAAAAACAACCUUCAAAGACCCCGAAACCGGAACCCUCUCACCUCUCCGCAACAUGCUUUCCGGCAUGGCGUCGGGAGUCGUCGCGUCCGCGACAGCAGUGACUCCGACCGAAAGGAUAAAAACCGCAUUAAUCGACGACGCGCGAAACGAGAAACGUUAUGUGAAUGCGAGACAUUGUAUUAAAACCAUCCUCUCCGAAAACGGAGUGUUAGGCCUGUAUCGCGGUUUCGCUGGUACGACGCUGAAACAAGCCGGCGCCACAGCUUUCCGUAUGGGGACGUACAACGUCCUCAAAGAUUAUGAGAAGGUGCGAAACAUUCCGCAGACUACGGCGACGAAUUUCGCGAAUGGGAGUGUGGCGGGGAUUGUGACGACGCUGGCGACGCAGCCUUUUGAUACGAUUAAGACGAGAUCGCAGUCGGCGAAAGGCGCGAGUACGGUUGAGGCUUUUAGUAGUAUUGUGGCGGAUUUUGGGGUUAAGGGGUUUUGGAAGGGGACCACGAUGAGGCUGGGACGGACGGUUUUCAGUGGGGGGAUUUUGUUCACGACUUAUGAGUGGGUGGCGGCUUUGUUGAAUCCGAUAUUCAUGUCAAAGGAAGUUGUGUGA